AGAGGGGGAGGCCCGUGUGCACACUCUAUCUGGGCCCCCAUCUUUGUAGCCGGCUGCGCUGUAGACUCUGGGCACUAGGGUCACCAGAGGACCCCAGAGCUGUCCCAGAGUCUAGUGCGCAUGCGCAGGUCUCAGUGAAAAUGGUGCGGCAGCCAUUUUCCCCAUGAUUUUCUUACUGCGCAUAUGUGAAAUGCUGGGAAAAUGGGCACCACACCAUUUUGAUGGUGAUUUCUGCACCGCUGCUGCUGCAGGACACUGGAGGAUGCUGCUCUACAAAGCGUGGUUUGUGCUCAUGUUCGGCCUUUGGACUUCCUACCAUCUACCUGCAUGCCAGUGCACAGCUAAUGUUCAGAAUCUCACAUUGCACAGAUACCAGACCCAUGAACAGGAUCUACUGCUCCAGACACCUGAACAUAAUCAAAGUUCAUCCUCUCUGGAAGAUGCACUGAAGGAACAAGGAUAUUACCUAAAGCAGCUGUUUCACCUGUACGGCGAGAACGACACAUUGACUUACCAGGGUCUCACUUUGCUGCUGAAGAACCUGGGCCUCGGUAGAGUUCAGGUUGUACAGAUACAGCAUCCAGAACUGGGACAUGAUCACGUCUCCCACCUGGAUAUACUCGAUGUUCAGGAAAACAAACACAGACACGUGCACUCCACUUGGGACCACUUAUCAGUCCCCUCAACUCCUAUUCAGGCCAAGAAUUAUAGGAGUGACACUGUAAAUAGCUCCUCAGAUAGAGCACCUCAGGAAUACACAGAACAUCCAUCAACAAUGAAGCCAGAGCACAGAAAGUCCACGAUGCAUAUUGGCAAAGAAAUUAAUGUACCCCGACUACAUGGACAAUGGCCCCACGGAGACAUUCUACAGCAGCUACUACAACUUCAUCAUACUGACAAGGGUCAUCAACAUGAAGAUUGCCUGAAUGUAACACAGUUGCUCCUGAACUUUGGCCUUGGAUGGGUGUCAGAAAUCACACCUCAGCAGUUCACCCUUCUGUGCCCAGCAUUACUAUACCAGAUUGACAGUGGUGUGUGCAUUCAGCACAAUGAUCAGCUGACCCCAGAUCAGACACAAUCCCAGCAGUCACUACUAACAGUCCUGGCUUGGGGGGCAGUUGCGGUUACAGCGAUCACUGCCCCUUCUCUUCUUGCUGUGGCUUUUAUGCCACUUCUCAGACGCCCGCUGUUCCGCUACCUACUCAGGUUCCUGGUGGCCUUAGCUGUCGGGACCCUCUGCGGUGAUGCCUUAUUGCACCUUCUGCCACAUGCACAGGAAGAUCAGACAGAGGAUAAGCAUCAUAAUGGACUCCACCCUAUGGCACCUGUUUUCAAAGGGUUGUGUGUACUGUGUGGAAUCUACGUACUUUUCCUCAUUGAAAAUCUGUUAGGUCUCCUGAGACAGAGAAGGCAGAAGAAACAUCCUCGGACAAAAAAGCCCAUUCAGGAUGAAGGUUGCACCACAGUAUUAUGGGACCUUGGCCUCCCUGUUGAUGGCGCCACAAGAGAUCUGCAGCGCCCAUUAAGACUAGAUAAACAAAUGAGUACAAAAGCAGAGUUCUGUGAAGAAUCGGGAGCAGCGGAUGACAGCCUGCAGACCAAUGAGGGACAGGUAGAGGUAUCAGGGACCAGUGGUUACAUCGUGCAUUCACACCAUGCUCACUCCGGCCACUCACACAGUGCAGCAGGAGGAGGCAUUGCUGAAUUUGUAUGGAUGGUUCUACUUGGAGAUGGGAUACACAACUUUACAGAUGGUUUGUCUAUAGGUGCCGCCUUUUCUGCUGGCUUCUCUAGUGGCCUCAGCACCACAGUAGCAGUCUUUUGCCACGAGCUGCCUCAUGAACUUGGUGAUUUUGCAGUCUUGCUGCAGACUGGUGUGCCAGUGAGGAGGGUCCUGUUAUUCAGCCUUGUAUCAGCAUUUCUGUCAUACCUGGGUAUGAUGGUUGGAGCAGUAGCCAGCCAGAGCUCAGCUCAGGUCACUCCCUGGAUAUUUUCUGCUACUGCUGGAAUAUUUCUAUAUGUGGCACUUGUAGAUAUGCUUCCCCAAAUGUUACAUGGUGAUACCUCGGAUCUCUGCGAGGGAGUGGAUUGCGUUCUCCACAGUGCCGGAUUCCUGCUAGGAUGUGGCAUAAUGCUGUGCAUCGCUCUCUUCCAGGACCAGAUGGUGUUGAAUUUUUAGAAACUUGAGAUGAAAAUUUGAAUGAAUCACUUUACAGGGGCUGCUGUUGUCAGCCUUGGGUGUACUGAGAACAUAACAUCUUCCAUCUUCCACCUAUACCAUAUACAAGCUAGUAUCAUGCAAUGUGUAGAAAGUGACUAAAGUAAUUUUCCCUAAAAAUACCUGUCUUCUCACAUGAACAGGAAAACAUAUGUGUUUUAUACAUCAUGUCAAUCUCUCAAAUCUAAAGGCCCGUACACACUGGUCGAUAUAUCGGUCGUUCUCUUGUAUGGCCGAAUCGUCUGUGAACUCCGUCGUUUACAGACGUAUCGCAUCAGCCGCGCAGCACAGCCGACGGCCAAUAUAUCUACCGAUAUAUUGGCGCGUCGCUGUGUGUGUACGGGGCGGUCGGCCGACCGCCCGUACACAUGCUGCGGCGGCCGGCGGUGAUUGACAGCUGAACUGGGCGGGCUUGUGUACACGCCCGCCCAGUUCAUGACGUCAGUCCCCGACGGAUCGGGCAGUGUGUAUGCACAGCACACUGCCCGAUCCGUCCAUAGAUAUAUCUGCAGAUCAAUUGAUCUGCAGAUAUAUCUAUUAGUGUUACCCACCUUAAGAGUAACCAAACCUCAUUUUAAGUUAUAAACUAGUUCAUGUUCUGAGCACUCCAUACAAAAAACACAAUACUGUGUAUUUAUCCAAAAUGUAGCUGUCAUGCUUGAGUUUGAUGAAAAACACUCAAUAUAAGUGGCAAGAAAAAAAAAGUGUAUGUUUGUCUACUUAUAUAUAAGAAUAAAAUUUUAUAUUUUGUGUUCAUGUA